CGCGUCCCGUCCUGGUCGCCGGGGACACGCACCGGCCGGCGCGGGAGGGAGCGAGGGGCGCGGCGGGGGAAGGGGCUCCGCAGCGGGCGCAGACCCCGCGCGAGCGGCGCCUCCCGCCGCGGAGCGGAGCGGACGCACGGACGGACGGACGGACAUGGGCGGCCAGCCCGCGCGCACCUAGGGCCCCCGCCGCCAUGGGCGCCCCGGCCUGGGCGCUGGCGCUCUGCGCGGCCGCCGUGGUGGCCGGCGCCGCGGGGCCCCCGGGCGCGGAGCGGCGCGUCGCGCGGAGAGUGGCAGAGGCCCCGGGGCCGGAGCCGCCCCAGCAGGAGCAGCUGGUGUUCGGCAGUGGGGACACCGUGGAGCUGAGCUGCCGCCCGCCCGAGGGCGCCCCCACGGGGCCCACCGUCUGGGCCAAGGACGGGGCGGGGCUGGUGCCCUCGGACCGCCUGCUGCUGGGGCCGCGGCGGCUGCAGGUGCUCAACGCCUCCCAGGAGGACGCCGGGGCCUACAGCUGCCGGCAGCAGCCCACCCAGCGCGAGCUGUGCCGCUUCAGCGUGCGGGUGACAGAUGCCCCGUCCUCGGGAGACGAUGAAGAUGGGGAGGACGAGGCAGAGGACACAGGGGCCCCGUACUGGACGCGGCCCGAGCGGAUGGAGAAGAAGCUGCUGGCCGUGCCCGCCGCCAACACCGUGCGCUUCCGCUGCCCGGCGGCCGGCAACCCCACUCCCACCAUCUCCUGGCUGAAGAACGGCAAGGAGUUCCGGGGCGAACACCGCAUCGGGGGCAUCAAGCUGCGGCACCAGCAGUGGAGCCUGGUCAUGGAGAGCGUGGUGCCCUCGGACCGCGGCAACUACACGUGUGUGGUGCAGAACCGGCUGGGCAGCAUCCGGCAGACCUACACGCUGGACGUGCUGGAGCGCUCCCCGCACCGGCCCAUCCUGCAGGCGGGGCUGCCGGCCAACCAGACGGCCGUGGUGGGCAGCGACGUGGAGUUCCACUGCAAGGUGUACAGCGACGCGCAGCCCCACAUCCAGUGGCUCAAGCACGUGGAGGUCAACGGCAGCAAAGUGGGGCCGGACGGCACGCCCUACGUCACCGUGCUCAAGUCCUGGACCAGUGAGACUGCGGAGGCUGACUCGCGCCUCCGCCUGGCCAAUGUGUCCGCGCGCGACGGGGGCGAGUACCUCUGUCGAGCCACCAAUUUCAUAGGCGUGUCUGAGAAGGCCUUUUGGCUGCGCGUGCACGGGCCCCGAGCAGCCGAGGAGGAGCCGGCGGAGGCCGGCGAGGCGGGCAGCGUGUACGCGGGCGUGCUCAGCUACGGCGUGGGCUUCCUGCUCUUCGUGCUGGUGGUGGCCGCCAUGACGCUCUGCCGCCUGCGCAGCCCCCCCAAGAAGGGCCUGGCGCCCGCCGUGCACAAGGUCUCCCGCUUCCCACUCAAGCGCCAGCAGGUGUCCCUGGAGUCGAACUCGUCCAUGAACUCCAACACGCCCCUCGUGCGCAUCGCCCGGCUGUCCUCGGGCGAGGGCCCCGCGCUGGCCAACGUAUCCGAGCUGGAGCUGCCCGCCGACCCCAAGUGGGAGCUGCCCCGGGCCCGGCUGACCCUGGGCAAGCCCCUCGGCGAGGGCUGCUUCGGGCAAGUGGUCAUGGCGGAGGCCAUCGGCAUCGACAAGGACCGGGCCACCAAGCCCGUCACGGUGGCCGUGAAGAUGCUGAAAGAUGACGCCACUGACAAGGACCUCUCGGACCUGGUGUCGGAGAUGGAGAUGAUGAAGAUGAUCGGGAAGCACAAGAACAUCAUCAACCUCUUGGGCGCCUGCACGCAGGGCGGGCCCCUGUACGUGCUGGUGGAGUUCGCGGCCAAGGGGAACCUGCGGGAGUACCUUCGGGCGCGGCGGCCCCCGGGCACCGACUACUCCUUCGACACCUGCAAGCUGCCGGAGGAGCAGCUCACCUGCAAGGACCUGGUGUCCUGCGCCUACCAGGUGGCCCGGGGCAUGGAGUACCUGGCCUCGCAGAAGUGCAUCCACCGGGACCUGGCGGCCCGCAACGUGCUGGUGACGGAGGACAACGUGAUGAAGAUCGCGGACUUCGGCCUGGCCCGCGACGUGCACAACCUGGACUACUACAAGAAGACCACCAACGGCCGGCUGCCCGUGAAGUGGAUGGCGCCCGAGGCCCUGUUCGACCGCGUCUACACCCACCAGAGCGACGUCUGGUCCUUCGGGGUGCUGCUGUGGGAGAUCUUCACGCUGGGGGGCUCGCCGUACCCCGGCGUCCCCGUGGAGGAGCUGUUCAAGCUGCUGAAGGAGGGGCACCGCAUGGACAAGCCGGCCAACUGCACGCACGAGCUGUACAUGGUGAUGCGGGAGUGCUGGCACGCGGUGCCCUCCCAGAGGCCCACCUUCAAGCAGCUGGUGGAGGACCUGGACCGCAUCCUCACCGUGACCUCCACCGACGAGUACCUGGACCUGUCGGUGCCCUUCGAGCAGUACUCGCCGGGCGGCCAGGACACCCCCAGCUCCGGCUCCUCGGGGGAUGACUCCGUGUUCGCCCACGACCUCCUGCCCCCCGCCCCGCCCAGCAGCGGGGGCCCACAGACGUGAGCCCCGCCCUCGGCCGAGCCCCCCGUGAGGGCCCCGGCCCGCCAUGCUGCUCUGGGUGUGCCGUCGGCCCCGGCUCCAGACCUGCACCGACGGGCGGACGGACAGACACCUUGUGUGUGCGUGUGCGUGUGCGUGUGCGUGUGCGUGAGUCUCCGGGCCCUGGUGUAGGGUCCCUGGUGCCCGCCCUGCUGUACCGUGCCCCCCGGCCGCUGACCCGGCGGUGCCAGGAGGGCGGAUGUAGAAUGUACGGGGCUCCCCGCCCCUGGGCCCUCAGGCCCCGAGCGGAGCCCACCCACCGGCACCUUGCGCCUGGGGUGAUGUUAGCACACGCCCCCAGGCCCCACCUCCCACCCUGUCCCCCGAGACUGAGAUUACGGGUACCGAAGGCGGGAGCCUUUAACUUCUAUCCGAGAGGGCGACUCCAGAGACGAGUGCAUUCCUCUAACACGUGUGUGACACGCGUGUAGGCCAAUAGUCCCCGUGGAAGAAGCUGGGACACGGGCAGCACGGGCCCCGGGGGCUGGGUGGGAGGCCCCUGCGGGCGGGACACACACGGCGCCCGCGUGGAGGGCUCCCCGGCCGCAGUUUUGUUUUAAAAAUUGUACCUGGACCCACCUGUCUGAAAAGCUAUUUAUGGCCCCGGCCCGUCCCUUCCCCACCCCAACGCUGUAGUGUUCGCCGCCCCUCGCGGUGGCUUCGCCUUAACUUAUUAACAGCUGAGGUUUGUGCGGAGGCCCGGGGCGCCCCCGGCCUGCACCCGCCGGGCGGCCCUCAGGCCGGGCGCCGCCUCUGCGCAUCCGGAGGUUUGCUGCUGCAGAUGCUCGGCAGGCUCUGAGCGGGCCGGUGUUUUCCCACAGGUUCUCGGGGCCCUGCCCCGGCGCAGACGUCCUUAGGUGUUACGGUUUAUGUGUAUCUAUCUAUAUAAUUUAUUGGUUUUUACGAGACGUAUUUGCUGUAGAUUUAACACUUCUUAUGCGACGCUUCUAGCCUUCUAGCCGGCUGCCUCCCAGGGCCUGGGAGGGAGCCUCCGGCGUCACUUCGUCCUGCCUGCGGGCGCCCGAGCCCGAGCGGGCCCCUGCCUGCGGGCGCCCGAGGUGUUGCCCCCAACUGGCCAACGCACUUCCCAGAAAUAAACAGAUUCCGUUCA